GACCGCGCCAACUUUCAGUCAAUCGUCGUCCACCCGCAAGGCAGCAUAACAUUUAAUUUUAAUUUUAAGUCCCGAUUCGAAUACAUACCUAUAUCUAUCUACUAAGAUUCAAUCGAACAAAUAAUCAAAAGUAACAAGGAAGAAGUAACACGGAAAGAUACGUAACAGAUCGCGAAUGAUAGAGUUUUAUCACUUAUCAUAAUUAAACGAACCCCAUUUAAACAACUAAUUUAUCGAAGCUCGAGAUUAAGUCAUGCAGCUAAUUAUAACAACACCGCCCACGAAGAUAUAAAUCGAAAGGAGUGAAGUGAAUGAAAAAAAAAUUAAGUGAGUGCCACCAAUAAUCCGUGACUGCACGUGGAAAAUAAUUCAAAACUCGACAAAUAUUUACGAAUCCACAGGCACUCGCAAGGUGGUUGGUUGCGAAAGAUAAUAAAUGUUGAACUUUUCUCCGGAGCUGGAAAAAGUGGGAAGGUCGAAAACGAAGAAAGUCGAUUUUUGUUUAAAUUAAGUUUAUUUAUUGAAUCCCGAGAAAUUUGGCUGUGACCCUGGUUAAUUUGUGUUAAGUUUUGAAAUUCAACGAAUCCGAAAGGAAAAAGGAAAAAAAAAAUAUUGUGUGUGAUCAACUCGAAAAAAUUCGCACAGUGAUAGAAAGUGCCUUUUUUAAUCCGACCUCUUAAUGAAAAAGUCGACCAGGUUUUUUUUAUUCAAAUUUUGAUUCCGUUUUACGAAAAAUCGACGAAGGCGUGACAUCACAUCAAUCGUGAAAAUCACGAAAUACAUCAAGAGUCAAAUUAGUCAGAAGAAUAGUUUUCAGCGCGCACACUAAAGAAAGGUGAAAGGAAGAUCCCCCAAGUGUGGUUUUGCGAUAAAAUAAAGCAUUCAAAAACCACGCCACCAACAGUGGUAGGAAAAGUGCUAUAAAAAUUUAAGAAUCAAAGAUCAGACGUCAUUUUCGGGAAAGCUAAACAGAAGAAGAAAAAGUCCGACAACACAAGUGAAUACAAGAAAACAGAAAAUUGCCGCUGGCCGCUGAUGAUGUUCUAAAUGGUCAUCAACACGGUUGACAAAAAUAGAGUGCGAAUAAUCUACAAAGCUGUUCGCUGUUGAUGUCAGAUCGGCGAGUUCACUACUAAAAAGUGGGUAGCAUCAUCAGCUCCUAUUGGAAAGGGGGGAAAAUUUUUUUUUCCUGGUCGCCAUUUGUCGUGUGUGCGCCAUCACAUCACAUCGCAUCGAGGUGUCACGUCACGAAAAAUCUGAUUGAGCUUUGCGGCCGGCCCAGCAUCAACUUAUUCGGAUGAUUUGAUCCGAACCGAUCAUCGAAGAAGAGUUCAACAGCGCACCGUCACGCGAAAAGUUUGAUCAUCUCAAAUCGCAAAUAGCGGAAGAACGCACGUGUUUGAACCUGAUUGAAGAUUGAAAAUCAAUUGACAAGUUUGAAGCAAGGGAAAGUGGGGAUAGUAUCCACUUGUGAUAUUUAAGUGCCUUCCGAAGAUUAACACAGAUCAGGAAGAAAACAGAAGUGAACAGUUUUAAAUUAAUGAAAAAAAAAACAAUAGAAGAAAAAAUUAAAAUUAAAUGUUGAAGCUCGAAUAAGCAAGCAGCUGUGAAAAAAAGUAAAAAAAACCUAUGUAGAAAAUGGCAGAUCUGGAAAAAAGUGGUAACAACGCCUCGGGGAUGGGUAAAUCGGCAAAAGUUGAGGGUGGCAAAAAAGUGCGUAAAUUGGUAAAUGAAAAAUCAAAAGUGUCAUCGAGUGAUUCAAUAGUGAAAACGGACAGUGAAAAAGAAGUGAAUUCCCUCAAACGCAAGAAAGAGCCAUCUAUGUGUCAAAGCACAGAAGCAGAGCCAACCUAUGCCUCGGUUCUGAAGCACUCCGACAAAGAAAACGCACAGGCAAUCCCAACGGGGAUCACAAAUGGGGCCAGUUCCAGCAACAAACGAAUGAAGAUGGACCCCCUGAAUAGUGGUGGUAAGCUGGUUGCCAGCAAGCCACCAAUCCCACCCAAACCGGAUGCUGCCAAACUGCUGGCAGCUGCCGGAACAAAUCAGCUGUCAAAAUCGAAGAAAAGCGUGGUGACCGAGGCGCAGAAUGCCGUCACCGUUCAGAAGCUGCUUGCACAGAACGAACAGAUGAGACUGGAAAUUGGGGAGCUGCGGGCCAACCUGGCCACCGAGCGGAACGCCGUACGGGUCUUGAGAGCACAAAAUGAAUCGGACCUGCGGCGCUCCAAGACGGAAUGUAAGAAGCUGCAAGAAGCGCUCACGCAUCAGAAGCGUAACGUCGUCAGCACGCCUUCGGCCAAGAAACCGAACCGCGGAGAUGAAUCUUCCGGCAGCGGCAACGGACUAGAUUCCGGAAGUGGCCAUGGAAGCCAAGCAGCACAAAGCAACCACCCCCAGAGCAGUCAUCUGGAUGUUCUGAAACUCAACCAGGAGCUUUCCGCCCUACGGGAGAGCAACAGGUUUCUGGAGGAGAAAAUUCAAAUUUCCUCCGACGCCGAACGGCGGAAGGCUGCGGACAUUCGAGUGCAGAGGGACCUGUACGAGCUACGAUUGACUCAACUGACCAAGUCUGCCAAGAGCGAGAUCCAGCGGCUGCUGGAGGAGCUGAAAUCCAAAGAUCGCAACAUCGACCAACUGCGGAAGGACAUUGUAGCGCUCCAUAGUGGUAGCGCUGCAGCAACGCGACAACAACUCGCCGGCAAGAGGGAGAAAAAGGCUGCUAAAAAUUCCGCUCAGCAAUCGCAAGAGGUAAGUCUCCAGCCACUUCCUUCCUACUGAGCUGUCUUUGGAUCG